UAUAAGCAGAACCCAGAGAUGUUCAAACAGACGGCCAGACUCUGGUCUCAUGUGUACGCCGGCGCCCCCUCCUCCAGUCCAGAGUACACCCGCAAAAUAGACAAACUCUGUGCCAUGGGCUUCGACAAAAAUGCAGUAAUAGUGGCGUUGUCGUCGAAAUCCUGGGACGUGGAGACUGCGACAGAGCUACUGCUCAGUAACUGAGUCUCAACAGCCCCCUGGUCCCAAACCACCCAUCACACCACCUCACCCGGCCCCCAUCUGACUCCUCUAUACACACCCUCUCCCUUCAGUCUCCCUCCACCUGAAGCCCUCCUCUGUUCCUCUGACCCCUUACCUCCACACCUGUUGGAUACCCCCUCUCAACCUCCUGGCACAUCUCCCCUUAGUCAUAAUCACCAUCGUCUCUGCUCUGUAC